ACAGCUGGUUCACGGCUUCAGUCCGCAACGCACAUGUCUGGCCCCGGGUCUCUGCCUCAGCCCACAGUGGCCCCAAAUGGACAGGGUGAAACCAAAGACCAGGGGGAGCUCGGAGGCCUCUUUGAGUCCCCUCAGCAUCAUGUCCUGUGUGAGGGGUCAGACAUAGAGGAGGGUAAAACCAUCAAAAUGCAGAAACAACACCAGGACAUUGGUGUUUUCAACAUGGAGGACAACUUGCCGUUGUUGAAACAGAGUAUUUCCGAUCUCAAUCAGAUGUCCACCUCUGUCAUCAGCACCUCAGUCUCCUCCAUCCUUGGCAACCUCCCUCUGCCCAACCUUUUUUCCCAGCACAUCAAGCAGGAGGGGGAUUUUUCUCUGGAUAAAGACUUUGGAACUUACAGCGGACACACAGUCGCUGUUCCGUGUGAUUUGGAUGGCAACAGCAGUGGGCUAAUCGAGGAUCCCGAGAUUUGGCAGGACCUGGACCUUUCAAAUUCUCUGCCAGAAUUCAGUGAUUUUGAGUUGGUUUCAGAAGUGGAACACUUGGAUAACAUCCUAAAUUACAGCAGGGGCGGAGGUGGUUCAGUCAGUGGCUUGCUAAAGGAAACAAAGCCUCUCGUGGGUAAUGGAGUAAACUGUACCAAUGGGAAUGGCACGGGCCAGCAGCAGCACCCCAUCCACCAGCAGCACCACCUUCUACAGCACCAGCAACAUCAGCUUCACCAUCAGCAGCAGCCGGCAUCCCUUCUCUCCAACGUUAUGAUUAAGGAAGAGAAGGAUCCAGACAACUCUUUCACCCACAUCCGUACUCCCGGUGUUGUGAAACUGGAGAAGCAGGACAGCGCUGGUUUCUGCCAGUCGCAGUGUAUCCAGAGCGGCAUGAGCUCUCUCCGUGGAGGAGGUGCCAUGCCCUCGUCUAUGGCCCUCAGUGCAGGACCUAGCUACCACUACAGAGCUAACCAGUCCUCCACAGUUUCCCGACAAGACCAGGAGCCUUUUGGCAUUUACCCAAACCUCCCUAUGGUGGGGGAGGACUGGGCCAGGAGCAACAGGUUUGGAGAGUCAUCCGGGUUACAGAGGGGUGACGAUGGGAUACCCUCCGCCGCAGCCGUGGCAAAUUUUUCUGUCAGCUUCUCCAGCUUGUCAACCAGCAGUUCUGUGGUGCCGAGCCAAUCCAAACCCAGUGGGCAGACGCAAAAGAUCUGUUUGGUGUGUUCAGACGAGGCCUCUGGGUGCCACUACGGGGUUGUAACCUGCGGCAGCUGCAAAGUGUUCUUCAAGAGGGCCGUCGAAGGAUGGAGAGCACGACAAAACACAGAUGGACAGCACAACUACCUGUGUGCAGGGAGAAAUGACUGCAUCAUUGAUAAGAUCCGAAGGAAGAACUGUCCAGCCUGCCGCUUCAGGAAAUGUCUUCAAGCUGGAAUGAACUUGGAAGCGAGGAAAAACAAGAAGAUGAAAGUGCCCCCCCACCCGUCCCCAGUCGUCCCCACCAUGCUGUCGAUGCUUAAGGCCAUCGAGCCAGCGGUCAUUUACUCGGGCUAUGACAGCACACUGCCUGACACCUCCUCGCGGCUGAUGACCACUCUCAACAGGCUGGGGGGACAGCAGGUCAUCUCCGCAGUCAAGUGGGCCAAGUCCCUGCCAGGUUUCCGCAACCUGCACCUGGAUGACCAGAUGACAUUGCUGCAAUGCUCCUGGCUCUUCCUCAUGUCUUUCAGUCUGGGUUGGAGGUCCUAUGAGCAGUGUAACGGUACCAUGCUCUGCUUCGCCCCUGAUCUUGUCAUCAACAAAGAACGUAUGAAGUUGCCCUUCAUGAACGACCAGUGUGAGCAGAUGCUGAAAAUCUGUAAUGAGUUUGUCAGACUGCAGGUGUCCUAUGAUGAGUACCUGUGCAUGAAGGUCCUGUUACUGCUCAGUACAGUACCAAAAGAAGGCCUGAAGAGCCAGACAGUGUUUGAUGAGAUCAGGAUGAUGUACAUCAAGGAGCUGGGAAAAGCCAUUGUCAAGAGAGAGGAGAAUGCUAGUCAGAACUGGCAGCGUUUCUACCAGCUAACUAAGCUACUGGACUCCAUGCAGGAGAUGGUCAAGGGUCUUCUCCAGAUCUGUUUCUACACCUUUGUGAAUAAAACCUUCAGUGUGGAAUUCCCAGAGAUGCUGGCAGAGAUCAUCACCAACCAGAUACCAAAAUUCAAAGAUGGGAGCGUCAAGCCUCUUCUGUUUCAUCAGAAAUGACUGCCUUAAACUGUGAAGCAAUGCCUUAAAUCCUGCCCUGCCCGUGUACCUCUCUGGGGCCUCCAAGCUUUCGCCCCAAGCCCUAAGCCUUUGCUUGUCCUGCCUCCCCCAUCACAAUCAAUUCCUCUGUUUUCCCAGGCCGUCUUUAGGAGUUCUGCCAUGCCCAUCCAAGCCUCAGCCAUUCAGCCUUAUCAUGGAGCACAACACCUGUGGCCUCACACCUCCCAAUCUGGUCCCAGGUUUGGUGGAAUUUUGGUAAAACACCCUACCACCGACCUGUAGCCCUUCCUCAUGGCUAACCAAGAAGAAAUUGUUCUCCAGGGAAAAUGUGUUGGCUCUGAAUGUCGUGUAGGCAGGAUGCUUUUUAUUUUUUAUUUUUCUACCCCUUCCAAUGUCCAGGGCCCUGUCCUCAGGUUUCUAAUGCUGUUUUUUUUGUUGGCCUCCUGCUUCUUACUCUCUCCUAAAUCCAGUGUUCUAUUGCUGUUUUUACUAACAAGCCAAUACCCUCAACAUGACACCUUAUAUACUGUCCAACUUGUUGGAUUAGAAACCUAUUGAAGCUCCUUCCAAGUUCAAGCCUGCUGUACCUCUGCUCACCUGCUCCGCUUGUGUACGUUUGCCCUUCCUAGCUCCAGUUUGCAGAGAAUGUAGUGAGUGUUCACUUGUUGUGGUUUCCAAAGGACUGUUGGUGAUGAAGGGGAUAAACAAAAACACAAAAAAAUUUGAAAAAUGUUUUAUUCUGGAACCGAGGACAUUAAGGACUAACAGUUUUCAGCUGUGAAUCAGUUAUCAUUUCUGAAAUUAUAUGCAUCAGAUUCAUUUACCUGACCAAUGGAAAAGACGCUCUAGGAAUGUAUUCAUUUAUUUUAUGCAGACACGCAUUUUUGACCACACAUGCAAAAGUCCCGCUAACACACACACAAACAUUCAAAGUAUUCACAGACACAUUGACUCAACAUAACGUUUACACGGGAUGUAACUGAGAAGGGAAAAACAGUGCCUUUUAGCUAUUAAUGCUCUUCAUAGCCAUUCUGUCUGAACAGUUGUUUUUUUUUUGCAUAGGAAUCUAACUUUGACAUAGUGCUUCUGUUUUAGUUUUUACACACUGGCAGCUUUCUCUCCAGGCAGAUGUUGUUGUUUUUUGUCCUGAGCCCCAGAUAUGCAUGUAAGGAAGACCUAAGGAAGCCUGUGUUACAGAUUAGAAAUGCAUAGAGCAGUUUGAAAUAGCGUAAUUUCACAUUUUCAAAUUCACAGA